AUGCUCAGUUGGCUGUUACUGCUGCCACGGAUUUUAGAGCAGCGAGGUCCUCCUCCUUCUACUUUGAGUGAGGAGACCAUGCCUCCUCUUAGCUCUCCUAUCCUACUUGGUGUCGCCCGGCGGGUCUGGCUGGGAGUUGUCAUUCGUAAUGUUGAGGGUAGAUUCUGCCGGGGAGCUGCUAAAUCCAGUUCUUGUGCUUCUGCGCUUGUGGCGGAGGCUUUGGCAGCUUCUCAUGCUUUAUCUAUGGCGGAUCAACGAAUUGUUUUGGAAUCAGAUUCUAAAGUUCUUUUGGAUGGGGUUAAUGUCAAGGAUAGUAACAGAAUCUGGAUGAAAUCAGGCGUAUGA